AAAAAAAAAAACCUUUGGGGGGUCCUCCAAAUUUUAAUUGUAAAAUCUAGAGGUCCCUUUGGCUAGGAAGUUUCUUGGUUUGUUCCUUAGAAGUUUUUUCCAGGGCAAAGUUUCCCGUGCAGGCCAAUUUGGUGCGCCUACGUUGGGGGUUUGACUAAUGCCUGCGCUGAGGUAUUCGGUUCAAAGUUGACGAACCAGCACACCGACAGCGACAGGAGCAUAGGACCAGUUCAAAGUUUUCGAACCAACCACGUUUGAUCUUUCAGCCAAUUCUUUCCACACCUCUCCUGCCUCUUUCCGCAGUCCUCUGCCUCCUCCUUCCAGUCCCAAAUGAAUCUCCAAAGCUUCCUGUGCUUGGCUGGUUGUCUCCAAUUCGUCCUCGCUGCCGUCGUCCUCGCCAACUUAGUCUAUCGGACCGCGGCGGACGACGCGUGGUAUGAGGCCUGCGAGCCUCGCAACUGCGGAUAUGGCCCGGACAUCAGCUACCCUUUCUGGAUUUCCGCCGAGCAGGAGUCCUAUUGUGGAUAUCCGAACUUCGAGAUUACCUGCACAGAGAAAUACCCUGUCCUGAAUUUCUCCGACGGCGAGUUCAUCAUCAAGGAUAUCUUCUACACGAACCAUUCUAUCCUCCUGGUGAACGCCUUCGAGUACCUUGACUCCUGUGGUGCUCCGCCGCGUAACAUCAGCCUCGAGAGGACGCCUUUCGAUCUCUGUUCCAGUAACGCCGAUUUCCUCUUCUACUACAACUGCACCUUGCAGCCGACCGGUUUUACAUAUCCGGUGUACUGUGCUAGCAACUCCACCCACCAUUCUUUCGCUUUUUUUCCGGGGGAAGCAUUGGAGGAAACGGCUAAUUAUUCUGCCGUCAGCUCCUGCGAUCCUCCAGUCAGUGUACCUGUCAAUGUUGAUGCAGAUAUCUUUAGCUUGGUUGCUAUGAAUUACAGUGAGGUUGUAAAGAUGGGGUUCCUUUUGAGCUGGACUGCAAUGAAUUGCAGCGACUGCGAGGGAAGCGAGGGACGCUGUGGAUUCGAGAACAAUAAGUUCCUCUGCUUUUGCCGAGAUGGUCCUCAUUCUCAAACCUGCAAAGAUGGUAAAUGCAUGGGGGAUUCAGCCUCCUCCUCCUUUUUCUCGACUGAGUUUUUGCGUCCGCUGUUUUGCUUGAUCUUUUGGCUUAGAUUCUAGACUUGCUUACUGGCUGCAAAUGGAACUCUCUAAUCUCCUGGGUUCAAUCGGAACCUCACGAGUUUCAACGUUCGUGAACCUGGAGGAAUUAGGAAUUGAAAGAAGAGCAAUGGGAAUGUUGAUGCUUCUCUCUUUCUGCAAUAGUUUCCUAGUUAUGAAUUGGGUGUUACAUGAUUCAAGAAGCUUGAAAGUUCUUGCCUGAACAAGUGUUGCCUGCUUCUUUUCUCAGCGGAACGACUUCUAAUCAAGCCUAUAGGUCCGCUUAGAAGGCGAAAAUUUUCAGAGAUGUCUAGAAACAUACCGCCCACUCAAUCAGUCACACAGAAAAGUUUUAUAUAUCUCCGCAUCUGAUACCACAUUGUUGAUCAUAUUGCAGAGUGUCUGCUACUUUAUCCCAGCUAAAAAAUUCUUCAUUUUUCCUGUGUUCUUGUUCAUCCCCUGGAUAGCUCUAGAAUUUCAGGAUUUUAGCUAAUGUCUGUACUCGUUGGUCAAUCAGCCACAGAUCCAUUUGCAUGUGUUUCCAAUUUCUUCUGGUAAUAUGUCACUAAUUGAUCCGCGGAAAGUUCGAGAGGAGGAUCAAGCCAAACUGGCGAAUUUGUAAUCUUUUUGCUCAAUCGUGCCAUUUUUUCAUUUCUUGAGACUGAAUGGUCUAUCACCUCAUGAUGUGCCCUGAUUUUUAUAUCUCUUAGAUAGUUAGAAAUGAUCUGUCUGGAAUUCGUUGACACAUUUUUUCAUUUUUGAUGACU